AUGGGACUGUGGGUACUGGCCAUGGAUACUGGGUUUCUCAUGGGCGCCAUGUUUGGGCAGAUCAUUGACCUCGCCGGCGAGAAAUGGGUUUACUGGCUGAAUGCCAUCUUGCUGGGCAUUCUCUUCCUGCUGGUGCUUCUCUGUCUCCCCGAGACGCUCUAUCCCCGCCACCUGAUGCUGCACCAGCUGCCCAUGAUUUACCUUCCUUUCUUCAACCUCACGCCGGUCCCAGGAAUCUGUCAUCUGAGACCAUGGGAGACGCUGGUCUGGUUCGCCAUGAUCUUUCGAGUGAGGGCCUUCACUAUCCCAUUGUUCAGCUUCUGCCUGCUAGUCUACUGGUGGAAUCCCGCCGCACUCACCAUGAUCCCGGCUGCAUAUCCCGAAUAUCCACCCGUGAUCCAGGGGCUGUUCUUCACCGGCUUCCUGGUCGGAAUGAUCUUCGCCGAGAUUUUCUGCUCGGGAGGCCUUUGUCUCUGGGGGAUCAGUGUAGAUCGAGGAUAUCACUGGAUGGUGGGUCAAGUCGCCUUCUUCUUAUUUGCUGUGGGCUUCCAGACGAGCAGCACGGUGCUGGUUGCCUAUCUGGUCGAUUCUUAUCCCCUGCAGUCGACUGCUGUCAUCGUCUCCUACUCGGUGGUGCUGAACAUAUCGGGAUUUGCGAGCCCUUUCUUUCUGCCAACGUGGGAAGCGGCCCAGGUUUGGACGUGGACCUAUGCGACUCAGGCGCUGAUCGUGAGCGUUGCCGCACUGCCGGUAUUCUGUUUGACCCAUAUCUACGGUCCGUGGCUUCGAUCGAAAUCCUAUCAGCCGCACUGGGUGAAUGUGGAUUUGGAUACCACCGGGGUCCCGACUUAG